GCGGUGUGUGGACAUCGAUCUUUUGUGAACAAGUAUAAGAAGAGGAUAAGAAGAAGAAGAAAACAUAAACUACAUAAAAAAAGAGAGAAAGAAUUAGUGGGAGAAAAAAAUGGUGAGUGAAGAAGUAGAGAAGAAACUCUACAAAGCUGCAUCAAAAUGGGAUGUAAAAAUACUUGUGCAACUAGUUGAAGAAGAUCCAUAUCUUGUUCAUGGAUUCUCGUUUCCAUGUUCAAGAAACCUUCUACAUAUAGCAGCGAUGCAUGGACAAACAGCCUUGUCGAAGAAGUUUUGGAGCGUAAUCCGAGGCUAGCGCCGAGUUCAGACUCCCAAAAUUCGUCGCCUCUUCACAUUGCCGUAGAUGAAGGGGACCUUGAAAUCACAAAAAGGUUGAUGUCAGUAGCACCGAAGAUGUGCUGGUGGCGGGACGAUCAAGGGAUGAAUCCGAUUCAUGUUGCGGCCGUAAAAGGGCAUGUUUUGAUAUUGGAGGAGCUUCUUCGACCGGAUCUAUUUCCUGCCCGGGAGACAGUGCAUGGCAGGCAGACCGUGUUGCACUUGUGCGUGAAACAGUUUCAAUUCGAGACGUUGAAGGUUUUGGUGGAAAAGUUGGGGGACUUAGUUUGUGAAAAGGAUGGUAAUGGUGAGACACUCUUGCAUUUGGCUGUUAGAUCCAAUCAGCUUAAGAUUGUAGAACACUUGGUGGAAAGUAGAAAAAUAAAGAGUCUAGCAACGUAUUCGAGUGGCAAAACAGCAUUGGAUAUCUUGCGUGAGAGCUUUCACGACACAAAUACAUUUACAUAAAUGAGAAGAAUCUUGCAACGUUUCGAUUCUCUGUCAAUGGUCAAACAGUUCCCCAAGUUGAUCGAAAUGGCAAUGGUGGUGGUGAUUCUAAUAGCCACGAUGGCGUUCCAGGCGGCGGUCAACCCUCCAGGGGCGUGUGGCAGGAUGACUCGCCAUCACCCAACCCCCAGGGGGCGUGUGGCAGGAAGGCGCGCCAUCACUUCCCCCAGGGGGCGUGUGGCAGGAAGUCAAGCCAUCACAUGUCGCGGGCAGAGCAGUGAUGGCAACCACUAAUCCCAGACUAUAUAAACACUUCAUUGUUGCUACCAACACGGCAUUUCAUCCAUGAUCACAAUCGUCCUCAUCAGCACGGGAGCGCCACAAGUAGAUUUUAUCUUCCUGGCAAUCACGACUUAUUCGAUGUGGGUGUCGAUUGCGUCUAUUGGAGUGAGCUAUGGGGUUUCAUUACUCAUGACCAAUCCUAUGGAAACAAAAUUAGUUUCCGAAAUAGCCACCAUAGUAGUAGGUGUGUUCGUCAGCAUCUAUAUAUUGUUGGUCAUCUACUUCCCCAUACACACCAAGGUUUUGGGGGGGCUUAAACAAACAGAGACACAAAUACAUAGCUUCCUGCAAGAUCUUGAUGGUGCUCCCGACAGCUUUUCCAAACGUGCUACUGUUUCAUUGUGUUUAAAAAUACAAAGAUGGGUUGGAGUUCUUACCACCGGUAAUUGAAGAUAUACCCAAUGCUUCAAUGUAAUAGAGAGUCGAGCGUAAUUAUAAGCUCCAUUUCGGGUUUUCUUUAUUGGUUCUUUCCCGGAAUGCAAAAGAGAGUCGAACCAAUCGUAGGAUUAAGUCUUAAAGACCUUAUAUUCAUAAACAACUUAAGAAAUCACAAGACUCCUGAUAAGGCUAAUUUCAUGCAUUGAUUAAAGGGUUGAAUUCGUCUAUUUACGGGGUCUAACACAUCUUUUUAAGCUAGGUGUGUAGAAAGUUCGCCAGGUCCAGGAAGAAGAGAGGACAAUUGCAUGACCCAAGGAAUCUGGCGAAUAAGUGAGCAUUGUGGAGAAAAAUGACUAGACGGGGGAGAUCACGAAGCUGAAGGGCAGAAUGGAGAUUUCUGCGAAGGCUUCUAGAAGAUCAAACCCGCACCUAUAUAAGGAAGAGAGCAUACAAUCUAAGGGGAGGACUUUUUUUUGGGCACUUUGCUCUUGGCUCUCUUAGCUCACUCACUUCCACACACUUAGGGGGACUGUUCGGGAAUUUGUAGGGGUUCGGGUCAUUUCAUUUGCUGUUUGAUGUUGGGUAACACCGUCCUUGUGUAGGGCGAAGAUAUAAUUAUUUGCUUUCGUUUUAUUUGUCGUCGUGAAUUUCACCGAGCUUCGCUGUUCGAAGCUCGGCCCUGUUUUAUGUUGAAAUCUCGUUAUCUAUGCAUUUUCUGUUUUCA